AUGAGUGCAGCGCAAAAAGAACUGCUAAAGAUCAGCCAAGACAAGGAUGCCUACAAGAGCAUGCUCGAGAAACUCAUUGUUCAGUCAAGCUUCCAGCUCUUGGAAGAUAAGGUCUACGUCAUUUGCAGAGAGUGCGAUAAAUCUACUGUUGAGGGUCUAUUAGACAACGUAGAAGCAGCAUACAAAGGUGCUACUGGAAAGUCUCUCUCAAUCUCAGUUCAUCCUUCAAAAUCCCUUCCUAAGGACUGUGCUGGGGGUAUCAAUCUCUGCAACAUCAACGAGUCCAUUACUAUUUCCAACACCCUCGAAGCGCGACUGGAUAUGUUGGCAAAAGCGGGCCUUCCUCAAAUGCGCGAAACUCUCUUCGGAUCAAACCCCAACAGAAAGUUCAGAGACUAA